UUCCUCAGUGACAGCGCGCGUGCUGUCAUCGGGCUAGGCGGGUGAUGCCCCACAUGUAGGAGCAGCAAUCAACCUAAUAUCUGUGGGCAAAACAACGUUUGUUAUGACUGAAUGCGUCGGUGAAAAGCUACACAAACCUUGGGGGAUCUUAUGACAUACGUUUGUACUCAGAUAUAGGCCUGAAUAAUAUCAUUGGACGCAUGCAUAGAAAUCGUGGAUAAUUUGGAAGAAAUUGCACUGAAACGAUGAGUUGUAGAUGGGGGACGGAGCUGUGGGACCAGUUUGACAACUUGGAAAAGCACACCCACUGGGGCAUUGAGUUUGUGGAGAAGUAUACAAAGUUUGUCAAAGAGAGAUCUGAAAUUGAAAUCAGCUAUGCAAAGCAAAUCAGAAACCUCUCUAAAAAAUAUCAGCCCAAGAAAAACUCAAGAGAGGAAGAAGAAUACAAGUACAUGUCCUGUCGGGCCUUCCUGAUGACCCUGAAUGAACUGAACGAUUAUGCGGGACAACACGAGGUCAUCGCUGAGAAUCUCACCACUCACAUCAUCUGUGAGCUGACGCGCUACAUCCAGGAGCUGAAAGCAGAGAGGAAAUCGCAUUUCCAUGAUGGCCGCAGAGCUCAGCAACACAUUGAGAAUUCUUGGAAACAACUAGAAUCCAGUAAACGGAGAUUUGAGAGAGACUGCAAGGAGGCGGACAAAGCCCAGCAGUACUUUGACAAGAUUGAUGCUGACAUCAAUGUGACUAAAGCAGACGUCGAAAAACGGUGCUCUCUCAAGGCCAGACAGCAGGCCCAGUUGAAACACCAAGUGGCAGAGGACAGCAAGAAUGAAUACCUCACCUACCUGCAGAAGUUUAACAAGGAGCAGAAUGAACAUUAUUAUAGCCUUAUACCUCACAUAUUUCAGAAAAUACAGGAGAUGGAGGAGAAAAGGAUCGAGAAAGUGGCAGAGUCUAUGAAGACUUACGCAGAGGUCAAUCGGAAAGUGUUACCUAUUGUUAGCAAAUGUUUAGAUGGCAUGACCAAUGCAGCAGCAUCCAUCGAGCCAACAAUGGACACCAAGCAGGUGGUGGAAUCCUACAAGUCUGGCUUCGAACCACCUGGCGACGUAGAAGUUGAGGACUAUAGUCUGUCUAUGAGGCGGACCGUGUCAGAGUCCAGCUAUCUGAACUCGCGGGGGGAGGGCAAGCCCAGCCGCAGCAACAGCAGGGGCAAACUAUGGCCUUUCAUCAAGAGAAACAAGCUCAUGUCUUUGUUAGCUUCCCCACGCCAACCACCCCCUCCCCCCCCUACCUCCCCAUCACCCGGUGCCGUGCCCAAUGGCCCCCAGUCUCCCCAGCAGCCCAAGGAGCCCCUCUCCCACCGCCUCAAUGAGUUCAUGACCUCCAAACAUAAAAUGCAAUGUUUAAGGAGUCUGAAGCGCGGGCUUUCUCUCAAGCUGGGUUCUGGCCCUGAAGAUUGUAGUCACCUGCCUCCUGAACAGAGGAGGAAGAAGCUCCAGGCCAAAAUCAAUGACAUCAACAAGGAGCUUCAAAAAGAGAUGGAUCAGAGCGAUGCUCUGACUAAAAUGAAGGACGUGUACAUAAAGAACCCACACAUGGGGGACCCCAACAGUGUGGACCCACGAUUAGAGGAGAUCAGGCAAAAUAUUGACAAGUUAGAACUGGAUUCAAGGAAAUAUGAAGCCUGGCUGCUAGAGGUGGAGACCAGGUUAGCAGAAAAGUGUGACCCACACAGACGACAAAGUGGAUUGUACGACUCCAAUGCUACUACACCCGUCAACAACAACUGUGCACCUGUCAACCGAGAGAGCCCGGACGGCAGCUACACAGAGGAUCAUAGCACAGAGCAUCACCUCAAAUCUCGGAGCACCGACUUUGAUGAUGACUUUGAUGAAGAGGACCCACUCCCCACUAUCGGAACCUGUAAAUCGCUCUACCCUUUCGAAGGUCAGAACGAAGGCACCAUUUCCAUGGCCGAGGGGGAGCUGCUGUAUGUCAUAGAGGAGGAUAAGGGUGACGGGUGGACGCGGGUGCGUAGGAACGAGGAUGAAGAGGGAUACGUACCCACAUCUUACAUCAAGGUCUUUUUCGACACAAAUGCCAAAGGUGCUAUGACAUACAUAUAAUUGUCAUUUUAUGAGAGGGGCAAUGGGUGGACAAACAUAAACAAUCUCUUGACAUUUUAAACGCCCUGAAGUUUCCGAAAUAUCCAAGAAUAAUUUGUGAGACGGAACUUGCAGAACAACGGACUGUAUUUACAUUUGUACUUGUGCUUUUUACUUUCUACCAUCUUGCACCCGUUCAAACUAAUUUUGGAGAAGUCUUUGUUUGUGUGUAUGAACAGGUGUGGGUGUGUUAAGUUGUCAGAACCAACUCGACACCACUGUCGAUAUCAGCUACACCUUGCUUCUAGCGCUAAUAGUAAUAACCAAUGUCAAUAUCUUGAUUUAUUUGACCAACAAAUAUAGAUAUGUACAGUACGGUUUCUCAUAUUAGUGAGCAUUGCAUCUAAACAUAUCGAUUCCUAUUUGGAAUAGCUAUUAUUGCAUGCCUAAAGACAGACUCAUGUUAUGCAAGUUAUGCUCUUCCAGCCUCCACUGCGUUGCAUGCACAGUACAUAGUAUAUCUGCGCUUGAGCAGCAACCAUCAUUGCCAGGGGGUUGCUGUAAGCUUGCGAAGUUACUGUAAUCUUGCGAAGUUACUGUAAUCUUGCGAAGUUACUGUAAGCUUGCGAAGUUACUGUAAUCUUGCGAAGCAGAGAGGCGAACUAAAUCAGUUGUUGCAUGUGGACAUGUUUCAAAGUAUCAAAGAGAGGACAUGCCUUUUUACACAGUAAAGCAAAAAAGCAAUGUGAUAUUUAGAAAAGGACACUGCUUGCAUGUUAUCUUGAUUAGGAAUAGUACGACAGAUUAGUAGUUUAUUCUCUUAUACAAGUUGUUGACCCUCCUCCAAAAUCUGACAAAGGGGCUUCAUUGAAGCCCCUAAACUACUCAAUGUCGUGCUAAGUUUACAGUGGUGUUCUCGACAGAUAAACGUUCAUUUCAUUCUGAGACGCAUGGUAAUGCAACCACCACCAUUCCAUCAUUGGCAUGAUAUUCAUUUAUUGUUUUAUAAUGAACAAUAUAUCCCUGCUUUGCUUUUUUAUUUGAUACUGAGUUGUUCUGAAUGCUUGAACCAAUUGAUAAGACAAAGUCAAAUCAGAUGAACAUAGUAUUGUAACCAGGUGAUAUUUCUCUGUUUUUAAAAUGAUUAACACGUAGCCUCGAGCUUUCUGUUUUGAUUUGCCAUCGACAGUCAGAAACAUGCUCUCAAGCAGCAUAGACUCGACUGUAUGCAAACGUAAUCUGCCAGGAUGAUUGUCAGAAUGUGAAGGAAUGUCAUGGAAUUACUUUCCCUUGUCUUAAUGCAUCACCACUAACAUGUCUUGUGUGAUUUUUGUUUGUUUGUUUGCUUUUUUGUUUGCUUUUUUUCUUAUUACAGAUUCCUAAAAGUCUUUGGCUCGCACAGGGAUGGCAGGGCACAGGUCCUUGCGAAAAGCGCCCUCCUCUUAAAACUGUAGUCAGAGAGACGACAGACUAAAAGGACAAGUUGCAAGGCAGUCCAAUUUGCGACCCAGUACAGAAAUCCAUUGUGGGUUUCUAUUGAAUGGAACAAAAACAACACACAUUGCGGGGCAACCACUAUUUGUAGUCAUUUUCCUCUUGAUUGUUUCUGCAAGCUUGCUUCUUGUUUUUCUAACUGGAGAUGAGUAUCAUGUUGUGGCUGCUUGGUGUUCUACUGUACCUUGCCCCCAGGGGCGGUACCUGUUUAAGGGGAGAGGAGUCUGAGACAGCCUUGUUACACUUUGGUGACUAUUCUAAACCUGCAUUCUAUCUAUCAUCAUGACAAACACUACACCGUAGGAAAAUACUUAUGGAAAGUACCGCUACACUUUGGCUGAAAUUCCAUUGGUUAAUUCCCAUGGUGAAGAAAAAAAAGCGAUUGUGUCUGCGUCACGAAAAAGCAAGUUUACAGUAAUGUCAGUCAGACAAAACAGAAGAAAACAAAGCUCAUAACAAUGAGACGUUUUUCUUGGCACUGGAGCAAUGUUGCUGCUUGUUCAGAUGGAUUCAAUUCCAGCCCUUAUUCAACACAGUAAUGCCUCACGAUUACUGUACACACCCAUGUAUGUAUUUUGGGGUAUAUACAGUGCCUUCAGAAAGUAUUCAGACCCCUUGACUUUUUCCA